AUGGAGCCCCACACGGAUAAGCUGGAGUUCUUCCGAAAACUGGGCUACAGCGGGAAGGAUGUCGUCCGAGUGUUGUCGAAGCUGGGCCAGGGGGCACUGGUAAAUGACAUCCUACAGGAGCUGAUCCAGAUGGGCAGCCGACCUCACGUGGAAGAAAGCUGUGGGGAGAGCCCCGCUCUCAAACUGGUAGCCCGAGGCUCCGGUGGCACUGUGGACUUGUCCAGACGGUCUCUGGGUACGGAUCCCGAAGUUGAGUUGGAGGAGCCUGACAAUCAUUUGAGACCCAUUGUUAUUGAUGGCAGCAAUGUGGCUAUGAGUCAUGGAAAUAAAGAAAUCUUUUCCUGCCGGGGAAUUCGGUUGGCUGUGGACUGGUUCAGGGAGAGAGGACACAACUACAUCAAGGUCUUUGUCCCAUCUUGGAGGAAGGAAACACCAAGAUCUGAUACCCCUAUUUCAGAACAGCAUGUCCUAGAGGAUCUGGAAAAGCAGGCGGUUCUGGUGUACACCCCAUCUCGCAAGGUCAAUGGGAAACGGGUAGUCUGCUACGACGACCGAUACAUUGUGAAGGUGGCCUAUGAGAAGGAUGGUAUCAUUGUUUCCAAUGACAACUACCGGGACCUCCAGAGUGAGAACCCAGAGUGGAAGUGGUUCAUUGAGCAGAGACUCCUCAUGUUCUCCUUCGUCAAUGACAAAUUCAUGCCUCCUGAUGAUCCUCUGGGCCGCCAUGGACCAACCCUUAGUAAUUUUCUUAGCAAAAAGCCAAAGCUUCCACAGGCCUCCUGGCAGCACUGCCCUUAUGGCAGGAAGUGCACCUACGGCAGUAAGUGUAAAUUCUACCACCCCGAGAGACUGCAUCAGAUCCAGCUGUCAGUGGCGGAUGAACUUCGAGCCAAAACAAAGACCUUGCCGGGGUCAGAGGAGGAGCGACUGAAGACCAGCCUCUUGAAGACUAGACCAGUUCCCUCCCCGCCUAUCCCCAGCCUGAGCACCGAAGGACUGUGGAAUCACAGGGGAAACAUCCGAAGCUAUAGUAGCUACAGUAACAGCAGCCUUGGCUCCAGUUGGACGGAGGAGAGAGUUCCUUCUAUGGAUGGGAGCUUUAGGGGGACCCUGGCGGGGACCUGGGAGAACUGUGAUCAGGAGAGACAGGACCCUGAGAGUAGCUUGCCACAUCACUACCAGAAAGGAGACAUCAGCUUUCUGGAAAGCCAGUUUUCCCGAUUGGCUUUUAGUGAUGAUUUAUAUGGUGGGGGCUUGCAUACUGGUAUCAGAAGUGCAGGGAUGCAGAAUAGGAUGAACACUUUAUACCGGGACUGCAAUCUCAAUCUCUCCAGCUGCCGUGGCCACUUCGAGCCUCAUCGGCACAGCGUGGACUGUUUCUGUUUGCAGAAUGAUCAUUUCCAGGAAGGGGCCGUGCCAAUUCCAUACACUUGUAGACACUUGACAGUCAGAGGUUCUUGUUGCAAUGGUAGCAGGGAGCCAGGCCCAGCCCUGCGGAAGACUUUCACCCCUAGUAAUCACGCACCCAAAGCAGAUCUGCAGCAGACCCAACAGCAGACUGUAUACCGCUCUCAUCCACCCACUCGGGAUCCAUUUCCCCAUCCUGCACAGUCCAAUGAGAGCUGGGGUAUAGGACAAGUUAUAAAGCAACCGUCUGGUCCAUCCUAUUGGGGGGACUCCAGUUGGGGAAACCACCCCAUGAGGAGAGCAGGUAGUUAUCCACACUCCUCUGAAUAUAAAUACCUUCUCUUGGAUUCAGCCAUUGGCAACUGAGCCCACAUUCAGAUAGCCCUUUAUAAUAUCUUCCGCCAGGAUGAGAUUUUGCUUGAGCAUCUCCAUUGA